CAGCUUCAGCGUGCCCGGACCAUCUAUCCCCCCCAGUGGCUCCCACACGAAGAACGACUCAUCAGUCAUCACAACCCUCAACUGUUGACGUUGAAAAGCCAACACGACCACUGUGACCAGAAGGACUGUGAAAGUUCAAGUACCAGUACUUCGUCUCGCAACCCAACCACCAAUCGAACUACUAGUAAGUACCACACCGCCGGGUGCCGAUAUAUCUUUAUCAGGCGAAGAUGGUACAACUCCCCUCACUCCCCGUGCCGGCCUCCGCCAAACCUCCCACCGCGGCGGCUCUCGAUGCAGACCCCGAAUUCGCCCCGCUCAUGCCGGACAGCUACACGGCCUUCGAAACACUAUGGUCCCUUGAGUUGGACGACUUCAAAGCCGCAUGGGUCAGCGCGCCCGUCACGCUGCGCCCAGAGGUGCCGACUCUCGACGAGAUCGACGUCCGCAUAGAACGUGCGCCUGUCAGCGAUGGCACCGAGCUCGAGAUCCAGAUAUACGCGCCCAAAGACGCGGGCGAGAAGGCCUUGCCGCUCAUGUUCGUCAUGCAUGGAGGUGGCUGGGUUAUCGGGAAUCAUAGUAUUGAGGAGAGUAUGACGAGGAGCGUCUGUGUGAAGAACCAGGUCAGGGUGAUCUCUGUCCUCUAUCGGAUGGCGCCGGAGUUCAAAUUCCCCUACGCGGUGAAUGAUUCGUGGGACGUUCUUGUUUGGUGUCAAAAGAACGCCAACAGGCUGAAGAUCGAUCCGAACCGAAUCAUUGUCGCUGGAGGUUCGGCCGGUGGCAAUCUGGCCGCCGUCAUGGCCCAGCGUGCCAGAGAUGAAGGGCUCCAGGGCGUCAUAGGACAGGUUCUGAAUAUCCCCGUGACGUGCCAUCCUGAGCUGUUUCCGAAGGACAAAUACAAAUACACGAGUUUCCAAGAGAAUUUCAAUGCUCCGAUCAUUGAUGUUCCCAAGAUGACGUGGUUCUGGAAUCAAUACCUCCCAGAUGUGACGGUCGAUGCCAGGCAUAGUCCACUACUUGCGAAGAGUCUGGAAGGACUGCCGCCGGCGUUGGUGCAGGUUGCUGGGAUGGAUCCACUUCGUGACGAAGGCCUGGCAUAUGCUGAAGCGAUGAAGAACGCCGGUGUCAAUGUGACUCUCAAGACGUAUCCUGGGGUUCCACAUGGAUUUGGCUUCUAUCCGCAGCUGUCCAAAACUGCGGCAUAUGAGGACGGUAUUGUUGGCUGGGUGGCCAGUCGACUAUCCUGAUCGUGUAGAGCAGCAAGCAAUAGCAUACUGGCUGGUGCCUCGAAGAUUUAUAUUAUGCUCGAGUGCCUUCUUUCAGGGAGGACAGUGCACCACUCGGCGUACUGUUCUCUCUAUCAAUUUCAAGAGCCUGGCUCAUUAUCCAUUCCG